AUGGAUGUGAACUACUCCACGGUCAUGGACAGCAGUUUAGCACGGCGUAAUUCAUCCAAACGUGUUUUGACCGGCUGCUUUCUUUCACUCCUCAUCCUGACCACUCUUCUUGGCAACACGCUCGUCUGCGCUGCCGUUACAAAAUUUCGUCACCUGCGCUCCAAAGUCACCAAUUUCUUUGUUAUAUCACUGGCGAUUUCAGACCUACUUGUGGCUAUCUUGGUAAUGCCAUGGAAGGCGGCUACUGAGAUUUUGGGUUUUUGGCCUUUUGGCGCUUUCUGCAACAUCUGGGUGGCAUUUGACAUUAUGUGCUCCACUGCCUCCAUCUUGAACCUAUGCGUCAUAAGUGUAGACCGGUACUGGGCCAUCUCCAGCCCAUUUCGCUACGAGCGCAAGAUGACACCCAAGGUAGCGUUUAUCAUGAUCAGUGUAGCAUGGACACUGUCUGUGCUCAUUUCCUUUAUUCCUGUACAGCUGGACUGGCACAAGGCACAAAGUGCAAGUUAUGUUGAUCUGAACGGGACCUAUGAAGAGGACAACUGUGACUCUAGCCUCAACCGUACAUAUGCCAUCUCCUCUUCACUUAUUAGCUUUUACAUUCCGGUAGCUAUAAUGCUUGUCACCUACACUCGCAUCUACCGUAUCGCUCAAAAGCAGAUUCGAAGGAUCUCAGCCCUGGAGCGAGCUGCGGAGAGUGCCAAGAAUCGUCAUAGCAGCAUGGGCAACAGCAAUGCCAUAGAGUCUGAAAGCUCAUUCAAGAUGUCUUUUAAACGUGAAACGAAAGUCCUAAAGACUCUGUCUGUCAUUAUGGGGGUGUUUGUGUGCUGCUGGCUGCCUUUCUUCAUCCUCAACUGCAUGGUGCCCUUUUGCGAGAGUGCAGACUUCCCAUGCAUUAACCCCACCAUCUUUGAUGUUUUUGUCUGGUUUGGGUGGGCAAAUUCCUCUCUUAACCCUAUCAUCUAUGCAUUCAAUGCAGACUUCCGCAAGGCGUUCACUAUCUUGCUAGGCUGUCAUCGUCUUUGUCCUGGCAGCAACUCUAUUGAAAUCGUGAGCAUCAACAAUAACGGAGCAUCCGAGUCAGUGUCGCAGUAUCAGCCAAAAGGACACAUACCUAAAGGUAGUAACAACAGCAACUAUGUUAUUCCUCAUAGCAUAUUAUGCCAGGAUGAGGAAGUGCAGAAAGAGGAAUUCUCUGGGAUAAAGACUUUGGACAAGCUCUCUCCGUCUAUGUCGGGCAACCUGGAUAGCGAUGCUGACAUUUCUCUGGAAAAGAUUAAUCCUAUCACGCAAAAUGGCCAGCACAAAUCCAUACCUUGCUAA